UCGAAGGAGACUCUUGCCGGCAAUGGCGAUGCCAUCGACGGCGAUCGACGGCGACUUCGACAACGAUGGAUUCGACUGGGAGGCGGCGGUGCGGGAGAUUGAUUCCGCUUGUGAGGCUGUCGCGGCGUCAUCGACCUCCGUCCAGGAUGCUGACUUCCGGCCUAGCCCUGCAGGUGUGGGGGCCGGAGCUCGGCCAAUGCCGGCCAAACCCAACGGCAAGGCUCGGCAAUCGACUCUUGAUAGGUUUGUGGAUUCUUAUCUGAAACGGAGGCAUGAUAGAGCGCAUGGUCAUAGAUCUCCGGACCGAGGGAAUUCGUCCGUGGAAACCGGGAUUGGCGAUGGAGAUCCUCAGAACAGCAUCGAUGUUGAUGCCGCCAAAACCUGGAUUUAUCCUAUCAAUGUACCUCUUCGUGAUUAUCAGUUUUCUAUUACAAAGAGUGCUUUGUUUUCAAAUACGCUGGUAGCAUUGCCGACAGGGCUUGGAAAAACUCUUAUUGCUGCUGUUGUGAUGUUUAACUAUUUCAGAUGGUUUCCAGAAGGUAAAAUUGUAUUUACUGCCCCUUCACGGCCUCUUGUCACGCAGCAGAUUGAGGCAUGUCAUAAUAUUGUUGGAAUACCUCAGGAAUGGACAAUUGAUAUGACAGGUCAAAUGAGCCCAAUGAAGCGAUCUGGUUUUUGGAAGGUUAAAAGAGUUUUCUUUGUCACUCCUCAAGUGCUUGAAAAGGACAUUCAAUCUGGAAUUUGUUUGGUCAAGCAACUUGUUUGUUUGGUUAUUGAUGAAGCUCAUCGAGCUAUGGGAAAUUACUCUUACUGUGUGGCAGUUCGUGAGUUGAUGGCUGUGCCUGUGCAGCUGAGAAUUUUAGCUUUAACAGCAACACCAGGAUCUAAACAGCAGACAAUUCAGAAUGUCAUUGAUAACUUAUGCAUUUCAACUUUGGAAUACCGGAAUGAAAGUGACCCUGAUGUCAGCCCAUACGUGCAUGACAGAAAACUUGAAGUAGUGCAGGUUGCACUGGCCAAGGAUGUUGUUGAUAUCAACAACCUAUUGUUGGAUGCCAUACAACCCUUUUUUGCUCGACUUUGUGCUAUAGGAGUGCUUUACAACAGGGAUUUCACCACGUUGAGCCCUUGUGAGCUACUUAAUUCAAGGGAUAAAUUCCGUCAAGUUCCACCACCAAAUCUUCCUCAAGCAAAAUUUGGAGAAAUAGAAGGAUGUUUUACGGUUCUCAUCACGCUUUACCACCUUCAAAAAUUACUAUCAACCCAUGGUAUAAGGCCAGCAUAUGACAUGCUUGAAGAGAAAUUGCAUCAAGGAUCAUUUGCAAGGCUUAUGUCUAGAAAUGAAACAAUAUGGAAGUCAAAACUGCUAAUGCAGCAGAGCUUAUCUCAUGGUGCUCCAAAUCCGAAAUUAGUGAAAAUGACCGAAAUUCUUCUUGAUCAUUUUAAGACAAAAGAUCCCAGGGAAUCUAGAGUUAUCAUCUUCUCAAAUUUCAGGGGAAGCGUCAAAGAUAUAAUGGAUUCAUUAUCCAAGAUAGGGGAUUUAGUCAAAGCCACUGAAUUUAUUGGCCAAAGCUCAGGAAAAACUUUGAAAGGGCAGACACAAAAGGUUCAACAAGCUGUAUUACAGAAGUUCCGUACUGGUGGGUACAAUGUCAUUGUUGCAACAUCAAUAGGUGAAGAGGGCCUGGACAUAAUGGAAGUUGACCUUGUAAUCUGCUUCGAUGCCAAUAUUUCGCCUUUGAGAAUGAUCCAGCGCAUGGGAAGAACUGGAAGGAAUCAUGACGGACGAGUUGUUGUUCUAGCCUGUGAAGGAUCUGAGCUGAAAGGUUACUUGAAAAAACAAGCAAGCAGCAAGACGGUACGGAAGCACAUGCAUAAUGGUGGAAUCAAGAGUUUCAAUUUCCAUUCAAGUCCCAGAAUGAUUCCUCAUAUAUGUAAACCACAAGUUCAGUUUGUUGAGCUUGCUAUAGAGCAGUUUAUUCCACGUGGACGAAAGUUGAAAGAUGGCUCUUCAUGUCAGCCUCCAAUUGUUAAGAAGAUAUCAGAUGGAGAGAGUGCUUUACUUGAUCGAUAUUUCCACCCAUCCAAAGAGGAAACAUGGAGGCCAUCUCUCAUUUCUUUUCCUCAUUUUCAGGCUUUUCCUUCUGGGGUAUAUAAAGUUCCACAUGCAUUCAAAACCACUGCAAUGUUGAUUGAUGCUAUGCAACGACUUCAAGGGCCAUCUGUUUCUAAAGCCAAACAGGCAGAGAUCUCAUUUUAUUCCCCUGAAGAUGACACCUUUGAGCAUGAUGAAAGAGAAGAACUUGCCGAUGUUCAUUGUGCUGUCAGUGAUAGCCUAACUACAUUCGCAGACGCUAAAAAUCCUGAUGUUGGGAAAUCUUGUGAUGGUGCAUCACCAACAGAAAAGGAGAUUCAUUUACCAGAUUCCCCUAUAAAAAAAAACUCGGGUCAUUGUUUCCUUUCUGGGGAACAAUUUUUAGCUGUUAGUACUUCAGGAAUUGUUUCCGUCCUAUCUGUUCCUGUCCUUCCACCUAAAGGAUCUUUGGUUUCAAAUGUUAUUACAACAGUGGGUAAUAAAGAUUUCAUAAAUAUGGUAGAGAAAGAUGCUGGUGCUUUUGCUACGUUAACUGUCAAAUUUGAACCAAGUCUGCAUGCCAGAGACGCUGUGGCAAUAGAAGUUUCCACAGAGCAGAGGUCAGUAGUCAACAAGGCAACAUUAGCAUCUCAGUUUUCUUUUCCGAAAGAUCAGGGGAAUGGUGUUGCUCAGACUACCUUACCUCAAUGGGGAUUAGCUGAUUCAGAAACAGAUGUUUCUGGGAUGCCUUGUGAUCCUGAAAAUGAUAUGCCAACUCCACCAGCAGCAGAGUCAAGGGAUACCUGUACAGAUUUGAGCCCCAGGUUGUCUCACUAUAUUGAGGAAGGGAUUGUUCCAGAAUCUCCAAUUGUUGAAAAGAUUCAAUCUCAUAAGGUGGAUGAUGUUAUUUGCAACAAACACGGGGAUGGUGGAUAUGGAUCACCCUCCAAAUACCCUCUUUCAGGUAUGCAUAAGGAAGUUUUGUCUGGUAUUGCAUCUAUUUCUGCAGCAUUAUUGGAUGAUCAAGCCAUAUACAAAUCCCCAACACCAUGCCAGCUUUCGCGUGAUACUGUUGAUUCUUCCUGUUUAUUACGUAAAGAAAUUCAAAAUUCAGAUGUAAAGAUGCAGACUAUUGUUGAAAUUGAAUUGGAAGGGGAGGAGGCCGCCUCUCCUUUUGAUGUGGAAAUUCACACUCCCCUAGCUAAUCAUAUGAACAAUAGCUCUAGUGAAGAGUGGCAAUUAAAUUCUGGAGGUGUCUCAAAAUCAUUGCUGCAAGCACCCAAGUAUAAAAGGUUGCGCAAACAUGGAGAGGUAUUCAGAAGACCGCCUUGCAACAUUUUAAAUGAAACUUCUACGAGUACUGCUCCAAGAAACCAUAGACAUUUCAUGGAUGUCAAAUUUGAUCGAAUAGACUGUAGAAAAGGGAAAAAGAAUAAAAAUCAUGCCAAUUACCUUAUUGACGAGGAAGCUGAGGUGUCACAAGAUGCAGAGGUUUCAGAAGAUGAGGAAGAUGGUGACAAGGAUGAUGAGUAUGAAGAUAGUUUUAUAGAUGAUAAAACCAAUCCUACACCAACUCAAGCAGAACAUAGCGGAGACAUGUUGGCAUUUUACAGGCGCUCUUUGCUCACUCAGUCUCCUUUUGGAGUAACCACAAGUUUGGUACCUCCACAUGGAUCUGUUUCUCCAAGAACAAUAGAAAGUGGGAGCUCUUCAGUCAAAACAAUGGCAAAUGUUCUUGAAACUCCACAGGAUGGUUUACGAUCUGCCAACCAGUCAACAGUUCUAAAUUCAGUGACAUGCCCAUCAGACUCAAAGAUGGUUCUGCAGAUAUCUCCCCAUAUUGAAGCUGGCAACAGCUUGAGAGAAACUUCAGAUAAAGUGGGAAGCCGGAAAAGAAAGCUGACUUUUCAGCAUGCAAUAUCUUCCCCUGCAGCACACCUGCAACAUGCUACAUCCCAUCCAGAGCUCAUAACUGAGAGUUCAAAUCAUUAUCAAGCUGGGAAUACCGGCAAUGGUAAUGAAUCAUGUGAUGAUGAUUUUUAUAAGAGUGUAGAUCUAGAUGCAAUCGAGGAGCAAGCCACUAAACUCUUGCGAUACAAAGCUGAGGUAUCAGUAUCGCAGACGCAAAUGGCAAUGGGCAAUCAACUGGUGAAUGCAGAAAAUACAAGGAUUAUAUCUACCCCACCAACAUUUGACUUGGGGAUAUGAAGGAUGGUGAUACAUGGAUUAAAGAAUUUAUACUGCAAUGAACAAACACGGUGGUGGCUGUACAGAACUAACGUCCUUGCACUAUCAAAGUGAAGUGAGUGAGCCUUCUGUCUACAAAUAUGACACACCAAGGUGUGGGGCUGACUUAAUGAUGUAUAUUAUCCAUGAGAUGGAUGUGCUUGUGCGGUGGUAGUUAUUAUUAACAAGGUUUAUUUUGAAGGGAAAAAUAAACCGUUUUCACAGCAUUGUGUCUUAGCAAGCAAGCCAAUCUGGAAAUGUUACAUUUAUUGAUUUUACAUGUAUAAAUAACCUCUGUAAUCAGUCGUAUUUAAUAUAAAAUACAUUCAU